CCCAAUCUAAAAUCUUUUUUUUUCAAAUUGCACUGCGGAAAAAAAAAGCUUUGCUGUACAUAUUUGCAAUGGAGAAUCUGAAUUUGCAAGCAUCUCAGCAUCAACAUAUGCACGUAUCAGAGAGGUGCCAUGGCCUGUGCUGAUGCUGACAUGGACAUCCAUGUAACUGAUGAGGACUCACACGGAGCCAGAUGGAGAGAGCCGCUGAGAAUACGAUGUUACCAAGCUUCAGAGUUUGUACCCGACGACAAAGGGCAGCUGCAUGACCUGUUUCAGAAACAACCUGCUGUGUUGGGAUCCCUGCAGGUGGUGAGUGGUCUCCUCAGUUUUGGAUUGGGAAUUGUUUUUGCUGUAACUCAGGAGAUGAAACAUUCCCUUUUCACUCUGUUCAGAGUUUCCCACGUGACGGGAGCACUCUUCAUCAUUGCUGGAGUUGUUUCCAACAUUCUUUUCAAAUUUCCAGCAUUACUACCUGUGUCCCUCGUGGUGAACUGGGGCUGCAUUAUUGUAGCUGUAGUUGCAGCUUGUCUGAUAAGUGUUGACCUGGCUCACUGGACGCAAGAAAAUGAUGAGCCUUUGAGGAUGGAACUGCUGGAGCUCUGCGUGCUGGGGUUCAAGGUUUCUCUCUCUGCAAUCCUCUGCUUCUGGUUCUCAAAAAACAACCGUGCCCAGUCACCAUGAUCAAGCUGUUAAAAUGAAUCAA